AUGGCGGCCGCGGCAGCCCGGGCCAAGCGGCGGCACAGCGGAACAAUAACAGCACCGCGCCUGCGCCCGCCCCGCCCCGCGGCCAGCCCCCGCGCGCUGCGGCGGCCGCGCGACCAACGGCGGCCGGGGGAAGGCGGGGCCGAGGGGAGUCCAACCAAUGGCGGCGGCCGAGCAGCGGCGGGGGGCGGGGCGCCGCGUCGAAUUUCAUCCGGACCCCGGGAGCGCUUUGCCCGGCACAAUGAUCUCUGGACAGGUAGGACAGACGCCCACGGGCUGAGGCAGCGCUCACCUGGGCGGUGCCACACGGACCCCGGGGACGCGCGGGGUGUUCGAGCCGAGCCGUGCCCCGGGGUUCGGCCUCCGAAGCUCCGGGCAGAGGCGCCCAGCAGCUGGGGCUGCUCCCCCGCAGGAUCGCCCCCGCUCUCCGCCGCCCUCGCUGCAGCAGCCGCGGCACCGGCCCCGUCGCGGAGCCGCGCAGAGCUCCCGUGCCCGGUACCCGCUGCCGUGAAGUGUCCUGGACAUAUAGAGAGCUCAUGACUUACCUUUUUUUUUCUGGAAAAUGCCUUAGCCAGAGAGGCCAGGAUUUGAAAAGUGCCAGUUUUCCAGAAUCCCACCAUGAAGGGCACAGAUAUCUCUCUGUCAGGUUACAAAAAAGUAGUUCUCUGGAUUGCAGAAAUCAGCUCCCAGUUCCAGUUUUACCCAUAAAUGUUUGUCUGAGCCACCAGCAUCUUCAACAGGCUGCUGGCAUCAGUAAAGGCCCAAUUAAAAUAUCUGCAGUGCAUUGCAAUUUCCUGCCUCCUCCUUGCAGCAGAAACCAAUGAAGAUGACUACAAAGACCAAGCUGUCUCAAUGACCGCAGGAAACAAGACAACCACAGCAGGCCUUGUAAAACAGGUAAUACCAUCAGUGCAGACGCUAGCAGUGCAGAGCAGAUGUAAACACUCUCCAGCCGAGAUCUUGAGAAUGGAAAGAAUUAUACUGGAUAAGCUUCAGUGGGAUCUUUACACAGAAACACCAAUGGAUUUCUUAAACAUUUUCCAUGCCAUGGUGAUGUCCAGCUGGCCCCAUCUCCCACCCAGACUGCCUCAGAGGAAUCCUUCCCUCCACGUUGCACUCUUGACCAAGCAGCUGCAGCACUGUAUAGCCUGCCACCAACUUGUGCAGUUUAAGGGCUCCACGUUGGUUUUGGUGAUCAUCACCUUGGAGCUGGAGAGGCAGACCGCUGGUUGGUUUCCUGUUAUUACUGAUCUGCUAAAAAGAGCACAGGUGAACAGCACUGAAUUCAUGCACUGCAAAGAGCUUGUGGAUUUAGAGUUAAUGUGCUUGCAGGCACCCAAUGCUGUUAAUGUUUUCUACCCCAUCAGCCAAGCUGUGCAGGGCCAUCCCAAGGCAAGGCUUCCCUGCCAGCCCCCUUCGGAAUGGCAGAGUUCCCAACAAGGGAGGCUGAGGGCUGCUGUAAGCCAGCCUAUUUCAGCACCUUUCACACCUACUACAGCCCAAAUUCCUGAUCACACCACUGAAACUGAAGAAUGCUGAGAUGGAUUCAGACACCUGCACUGUGAGGAUGGGGAGCUGUGA